AUGUGUGCACUCAAGUUUCAGUUUCUCAGUGCAUUAUUUUUUGGGGUGUUGUGUGUACACACUUCAAUUAGUCAGAGGAUCGGAUCAUUGGAAUUUCAGCAACCCUUUGACAAUCUGGAAUAUAAUGGAAGACCUGAUGAGGCAAUCGACCUACUGAACAUUGUUAAUCAUUUUCCUAAUGAUCUACAUUAUAACAAUGUUCCUGAUGAUCUGUGUGCUCCAUACGACCCACCUCUUCCCGACUUCAGGACUCCUGGUAGAAGGAUUAGCGAAACUAGCAGGUUAGGACCAAUUCCGGAAUGGUCAAACAAGAUUAGUCGCAGACAAGCGCCUUUAUUUGUUGACACAAGAUUUCCUGUCAACGUCGAUGCAGCUAAACGAGGGGAAUUCCCGAAUAUGGGCGCCAUAGGUUGGAAGGCGUUGAACGGUACAUGGAGAUUCAUGUGCGGUAGCAGUCUCAUAAGCUCCAAAUUCGUGCUGACGGCUGCACACUGCUCCGAGGCAUCGAAGGCGGAUUUGACUUUCCUUGCUGAUACUAAACCCAAGAUUGUCCGACUGGGCAGAACAAUGCUUGACCAUAACAGUAAGCACAACACACCUUUUGAUGCAAAAAUCAUUAAUGUAAUAGUCCACCCCAAUUACAAGUCUCCAAUUCAGUACUUCGAUAUCGCGUUGAUGGAGCUGGCCCAAGAGGUGCUGUUUUCUGAGGAAAUACGACCUGCUUGCUUAUGGAACAAGAAUGAUAUGGACGCAGUCGUUAAUAAAGUUAAAAUCACUGGCUGGGAUGAGGAACCUGAAACUAUCACUAUAUCUCCGAAUGCUGAGAUUACAACAUCUACUCAAUCUUUCUUGGCUGACUCUCCUGUUGCCAAAAAGAAAACAAGUUCGUCACACCAUGACAGAUCUGGACAUAAUAUUCCUUCAUCUCAUGAGUUGUCUUCAUCACAACAUAAGACAAAAGUUCCAUUAGUACCAUAUGAUCCCUGCGCACCCUUUGUCCCACCACCUACACCUGACUUCAGUGCGCCUGGUAGACGGAUCAGCGAAGUCAAAUGUUACGAGUAUAUUUGGCAGAUGAAAGUUCGAAGUGAUAAAGCAGGGCAAGACAAUGAGUGUGAGUAUUGUCAGGAGCACAGGUUAAGAGGAAUCUCCUCUUAUAUUGUUGGAGGUCACUACACUUUUUCUGGAGACUACCCCAAUAUGGGCGCGAUAGGAUGGAAAGCGGUUGUAGGUACAUGGAAGUUCAUGUGUGGUUGUACGUUGAUAAGCUCCAAAUUCGUCCUAACUGCUGCCCACUGCUCAAGUGCAUCGUCUCGCGAUACCACAAUAGCUGAUACUGUCCCCAAGAUUGUGAGACUAGGGGAUAAGAAUAUUCAGGAUAUUAUCAAUGGUACACAAGAUGAGACUAUUAUCAGGAUUAUAAACCAUCCGAAGUAUAAAUCCCCAAAGCAGUACUUUGACAUUUGUCUGAUGGAGUUGGGUAGAAAGUUGACGUUCACUACGGAUAUCCAACCUGCUUGCUUGUGGACUAAGCAAAGUAUCACUAAGUACGGUGAUGAAGCUCAAGUUACUGGAUGGGGCGUAGUGGAGUCAGGUACAGUGAAAACAUCUCCAGAACUUCUCGCAGCUACCGUAGACAUUAUCGACUUUGCCAAAUGCAACAGACUGCUGCAUAUGUCCUGCAAUAGGAACUGGUGUGGUCUGCAGCCAGAUCAGCUGUGCGCUGGCAAGUUGGGCGGGGGAGUUGAUGCUUGUCAGGGUGAUUCUGGUGGCCCUCUCCAAGUGAAGAUCCCACUUCCCAUACUGACUGAAGGUACCAUGCACUACGUCAUCGGCGUGACGUCAUUUGGCGUUGGCUGUGCUUUACCAGGUCUACCAGGAGUAUAUACCAAGGUGUCCAGCUUCAUCGACUGGAUCGAGAGCGUUGUCUGGCCAGGGCACAAUGGAACAUCUCCAGCUCACAAUGAUGGUCCCGAUCUGGGCCGCUUCGAUCGGUCUGUUAGGUAUUAAAGAAUUUUAUAACUGCUAAUUUGUGUAACCAGUUACUUUCUAAGUAACAUUCUGUACAAGAAAAGUUUUGACACCCUUUUAAAUAGGACUUGCGAAUCUAAUAUUCUUUUUAGGAAACCAGACUAUCUUAAAUUAAAAAGAGCG